AUGUUGGCCUGCGGGUUCAUCGACAUGGAACAGCGGCCGAAAGACGUGAGGAUUUCCAUUACGGGCGAAGGAAAGGAGCCACAGGCUACUCAGACGUAUAUUUAUAUAUAUUGCUUUUAGUACUAUUAUAGGCUGCCAGGCGUUGCACUUGCACUCCUUUUCUCAUUUCCGUUCAUUUGGGUUCUUCUUUUAGUAAUCCUCAAGUACCUCUAUAUUCUUUUUAAUACUAUUCAGUAUUAGCGCGUUAGGUUGCCUAGGCGACCAUUAAAUUGCGGCUUCGAUGCCCUUAUUUAAACGUUAAACCCGGCAAAUCAUGGAGAAUAAUCUUCAGUUAUUUCCUCCAUAUUUCGCGUAAUUUGCGUAAUUAAUCGAGUACGUCGAAUAUCAUGUUGUUUUAGUUAGGAAUUCUUGAAUUGCAUGUGAAAUAACUCUAUUGUAGCCCGUUUCGUCACAGUCCAGGCUACCGAAACUGGAGGGCCGAGUCAGUCGACGUCGGAAUGGCGCAAUUUCCAGCGCUUCCGGCGGUCCAUGGCCCUCUUUGUCGGUCCUGCUACCUCAGCUACGGUCCAGUCCGUCGACCUCCUCUAGCGACUCGAGUCCCGAGCCAGACUACUCCAGCGAGGAGCCAUCGACCAGUCAGACGCGUAGGUAAGUGUCAUAGUAAUCAAAGGUACAGUAACCAGACUUUGUUUGUUUAAAAUAUGCAAAUUAAAAUUUUUUAAAAUCAUAUGAAAACGUUUUUCUUGCAUAUGCAUCUUCAUCGUAUCUUUGCAAAACUGUAUUCUACACUAUAUUCUGGCAUUCCAGAAUAGCAUUAAUCGUCCCUCGAGGCUUUUUCACUUUAUUUUGAAUUAAUUUGGCCAAAUCCAAUUAAUGAAAAGGCAAGAAACGCAGAGAUAAGAAAACAGAUCCCGAUCUUCUCCAUCCGAUCUCCUGCUUCGGUUUCUCUAAUUUCAGCUGUCCAUAAAGGAAUCCCAAACAAUUCUUUUCCAUUCUUACUAAAUUGCGGGCGCCGUAGCUGGAGCGGGAUGAAUCGGAGCGGAGCAGUGAUGGAAGACCUCGUUCAAGAGUUGGUUCUGCACUUGGCCAAGCGGUGUGUCGCUGAACGGCACGACCGCCACGCCGUGUUUGCGCUCUCUUCGGCCGCCGCAGUCUGUCGCGGCGUGAAUGGCUAGGCGCACGCUCCGCUCCGGAGUAGGAAGCGAGUCGAGAGUGCGUCGGCCGCAAAGAGAGCGGCUUCGGCGGACGGAGCAGGGCGUUAGAGCGAUGAGCCGAUCGGCGAGGCAGCGCGGCGCCGAACCACCAGAGCGGGCAGACAGCCGGCCCUCCCCUAGCAAGCAACCGCGCAUACGCCGGGUCGUUUUUGUGGCCGGGUCUUCUUUUUUUCCCUUUUCUUUUUCGCUUUCCUACCUCGCUCUCGAUCUCGACUCACCUCACCCUCUCCCCCUCUCGCGCGUAACCAGAUAAGCUCCCUCCUCCAGCAACAUCGUCAUUCUCGCUUUUUAAAUUACAUAUUUUCUCGUAUUUGGAGAAACAAAUUAUUCCCCAAGUUUGUAGUCACAUUUUGAGUUAUUUUUUGUACUUUUAAAUUAAAAACAAAACGUGAAGCGAGAGGAAAGCCACUUUAUCGAUAAACUUAAUUAAAUUCGCGCCUUUUUCGGUCUGCUUAGAACGUGAAGCCGGUAUCAGGGUAUUAUUGAUGGAGCAAACUUAUGAGUUGAACUUUGUUGAACUCUCACCUUAUUUUGCAAAGUUGCGCAAACAAGCACUAUUACAAGUUUCGAACUUUGUACUGGCUUGGAAAAACCAGUGUUUUAAUUUUUUUUCUAAUGACAACGACUUUCUUGCUUGUACUAUUAGAUCUGUUAAAAGAACGACGUAAUAAUACGGCUCGUUCAAAGUUUUGACCCAGAACCCAUCUCUUAAAACGCUCGCUGUUUUUAACUGUUUUCAACGUCGCUUUUAUCGUAUUUGGUUUGCGACAUUCUUACGUAAAUUCUUUCAGAAACUCGCCAACUUCUAGUCGGCUUCAAGCAACUUCAGAUUUGUCAAUCCGAAGUUCAAAGUUACCGAAGGUCAGUGAUUUUGUAGUGAACGGUAUUUGAAUGUAAUUUGUAGACAAAACAAAGUUACAAUUCCAAUUUUGUGCUUUGAACUUUCCUUUGAAACAUUUGACUCAACUUCAAGCCGAUAAGGCUGUAGCUGAGCAGAUCCGAGCAAAAAACGAAUUUCUUUCGGCCUUUCUUUAACAUAACUUCGUUCCGCGCCGUCUCGCUUUGUUCAUUUAAACUAUCUGCGUUUCAGGACCAACGGGUUACGCCAAGCAGUAGUGCGCCAGACCGAGAACCAGUCCAACGGUGCAUUGGUUCGGAUGUUCGCAUGGAGCCGAACGCCCCGCCGCCCACUUCUGCACCGCCUUAUAUAGCGUCCGGAUCCAGUUAUAUGCCCCAGCAGCACUAUGAGUACGUGCACCCUGAGGGACCUGGGAUGUACCCAGUUGAACAGGUAAUUUAAGUCUAUAUGUCAUCAACAUAUUUUUUUACAAAGUGAAUAACAUCGCAAGAAUAAAAUAAGCAUAAACUUACAAAUCGCAAAAUUACAGCCAUACUAUGUUUCUAACGAAUACAACACGCCCUAUAUACACGAAGUACCCGGAGAUUCUCGUUACGUCGUAGAACAAGGUCAAGCCCCACCAAUGGGAUACUAUCAGUCGGUGCCAAGCCAAAUGUAGGUCUCAACAGUUUUUUAAACUCAAUUUUUGAAACAGCAAAUGAUUGACACUUUUACAGUGACCAAAACCAUUGUAACGGAUACCCUCCCCAACCCAACUCCUCCAAUGUUUACAUGGCACCGGGCUAUGCCGGUCCCAGCUCAUCUGGAGCCGUCUACAUCAGCGCCGUGCCACCUCAGGGAUACCCGGAUGCGCGAGGGUACCCUGACCAAGUCCGGAUGUCAUACCCUCCCGGGAACAGGUAAGACCAAAAACAAUAUUAAUCGAAUUCUUAUGAAGCCGAUUAAAUUCCAGUCUCCCCAAAAAGGUGACUACUAUUGCUCGGCGAGUUUUGGACGGUGAACAACAACAGCAGGACUCCGAUCUAACCGUUCUGGAAGCUGAAGUAGCCAGGUUCGCUAUAACCGGAGUCUUGUGAUUUGCCUCGCUGUAUUAAAUAUUGUCAUUGAUAAUAUCUCCACUAGCUCUCUAAUCGAAUGCUAAUUUCAGAAAUGUGUCACAAAUACUUCAUGCCUCGAGAAGUGCUGAACAAGUCGGCUCGUCACCUCACAUGUCCAACUCCCCUAUGGAAUUGAAUGGACAGAGGUCGAGUCAAGACUCAAGCCCACCAAAAACCUCACAGAAAAGUGGUGGAGGAACGAAGAAGAGGCCUUCAACCACUAGUCUACCAUCAAUACCAACUUCAGAUCCCGCAGAACCAAAGAAACAAUUCCAAUGUCAAGAUUGUAAGAAAUGCGUCAGUUCGGCGAGGAACUUGAAGCGACAUGAAAACUCGUGCAAAGCCAAGAAGGUGAGAUUUCGAUACAUUUAAAAAUUUUUAAUAACUAUUUGCAAAACAACAAAAAAUAAUAAAUUUUUCAGCAAAGCGUUAGUGGUCCACCAGAAAAAGCGCCAUCCUCAGCCGGCAGUCCGGCUAAGGCACCAUCACCCAGUAAGCCGCCUUCGAUGCCGCCACAACAACCCCCAGCUCAAUCUUAUCCUCCCACCUACCCUAACCCUGCUCCUAUGACUCAAGGCCCAAUGCCAUUCCCUCAUAACGCAAACCCUCAUCCACAACCUCCUCAAGGCAGGUACCCGCCGUACCCCCAAUCAGCCGUACCACAAGGAAACCCAGCUCCAAUGUUUGAAUACCCAAGCACAGGUAAGCACCACUUCUUAGUAUCAAAUGCUUUAAGGUAUGCCCGGUGGACUUCAUUCGGCACCGCCAGUGAUGCCAAGCUACAACCCUCCGUUGCAAGCGUACCCUGGUCCCAGCCCUCAACAUCAUCUACCGCAAACUCCGACCUUCCAACAACGUCCCACACCUCAAUCCGAAUACUCUGACAGUCCAAACAACUUUGGCUUUGCUCAGAACAUGGAAGCGUACUUGGAUACCACGAUAGAUGAAGUUGGGCAUAAUCCCUUGGCUUUCAUCGGUGCAGCUGAGUAAGUUCAAAGUUAUUUCAACACCAACAAAGUUUAAAAUUUAUAAAUUAAAUACUGUAAUUUACAAAAAAUGUGCCCUUUAAAGUCAAACACAACGUAACAAUACUCAAUUACAGAUACGACAGUGGACAUUCGGCGGAGCAAUCUAUGAGCAACACCUCAGACUACCCUCAACAUUCCCAAACUCAACCAAAGGAAGAACUGAAAGACCCGAAGUCAGACAUAGCACAUCGUCCCGUUCCUCAACCCCCAGAAUCCGGCAAAGCUGGAAAGAAGAGCGACAAAAACACAAAACCCACAGACUUCCAAUGCAACGACUGCUUGAAGUACAUGUGCUCUCAGAGAAGUCUGCGAAGGCAUCGGACAACGUGCAAAAUGAUUCCGGAGAAUAACCACGCCGCUCCUCCAGUCUCAACAGCGCAGCCGGCUACACAACCUUUGAAUCCCUUGGUAGUAAAAAAAGAAGAGAAAUAGUAAGUUAGUUUAUCACAAAACGAAUAUUUUUUCGCUUUCUCUGGAAAAAACCAUACUUGAAUAAUUAUUUUCCCUGCUUAACAUACUAACAAUUAAAAAUUACAGCGAUUCGCCCGAACCCCGUUGCCACUGUGGAGCAGUUUUUUCUGACGACGAAAAACUAGAACAACAUAAGCAGACGUGUGUGGAGUAAGUCAAAAACGUUUUAUAUAUAGUGCUUUUAGAUCCAAAAACGCAGCGAGUACCAGUCAAGGUGCAUCGGAAAAUGCAAAAUUCUGUUCGGAAAAGACUCUGAUGCCGCCGCCUGAAGCAGAGCAAUCUAAGCCUAUCAAAGAAGAAGUUGACAAUGCUGCCUUCUCAGAACAUAAGAGCGAAGAGGUAAAGGCUCCAGGAACGAGCAGCGUUACAGUAGGUGAACAUCUGCGACACAUUCAUGGCAAACCUGUCCAAAUCCCGAUUCAGAAAAAGCUACAAAAGAAGCCAAUGGUAAUCAAAAAAGAAGACGGAGAUGAACCACAACAUCAACAAGCAUACCCUCAAACUCAUCCUCACAUGAUGCAAGCACAACAGGGGCAACCCAUUCCUCAGCCAAUGCAUCCACAUGCCAUACACAUACAGUACCAACCAGUGCCGCAACCGCAUGACAUUCACAUGCAGAAUCCUCAUCAUCAGAUUCCUGCUCAACCAAUUGCAAACGGUCCACAAGAAGAGAACAAAGACGAAGCCAAUAGAAAGUCUGAACAAGUAGCUGAUGUCGUGAACUCAGUGGUGGAGAAGAUACGAAGACAAAACGAAUCUUGUGAAUCCCAGCCGUUGAAACGAGCCGCGCCACCACAGCAUAGUCCAGUCCAAAACAAAAUGAUGCGACAAGAAGGACCAGAAAUGAUACUACAAAGACCAAAAGUACCACCGAUGAAUCAGAUGCAUCCCCACAUGAUGAAUAUCCCGCCCCGACCUCAGUUAAUCAUGCCGGCUCGGCCCAUGAUGAUGGCACAGUCAUACUCAGUGAGUGAGAACACUCCGACCUCCGCCCCACCAAACUACAUGCAUCCCCCUCAACAAACCCCAACCUCGGCCCCUCCCAACCCAGCUCCUGCACCACCUAAAGACGCUGUGCGAUAUCUGUGUCCAGAAUGCUGCAAAACGUAAGACGUACUACAUUUUUACGAUUAAUUUUUCAAAAAUUCAUCUUUUUUUAUAAAAAUUUCAAAAGUUCAUUUUUUUAUAUUAAAAAUUAUAGGUAUUCUUGUCGGAAACACAUGAAAAACCACAGACAAAAGGAACAUUCACUGAAUGAUGAACAAGUUGAAGGACAGAACGCUGCUAAAAGAGUCAAAGUAAACCCUGAAGGCUUCAUUAUCACACCUGGAUUCGAACACGAGAACGAAAUCAUCAAACAGAGAAUGCUGACCAAUCCCCCCAAAGUGUCCAAGAAGAAAUCAAGUGCUGCAGCAGCACAUCCAUCUCGGCCAAAUGAAGAACAACACCGUGUAGGAGUACCAAUGCAUCAGCCGCACAGUGUACCAGCCGUACAAGGUCCCAGUGCCUUCUACGACCACAACAGUUACAAUCCACUGAGUGCGAUGGAGCCGUUGUCACAGUCAUCUGAAUCAUCCACACCUCAGUACGAGCAACUACAGCCUGUCCCCAUGGAUUACACUCUAGCUGGAGUGCCCACAGAGACGUACCAUCAAAGAAUGUUCAACCACGCAGAUGACUUGGACGUCUGGGAUCAGAUAAAGGCUCGAGUUGACGGUCCAUUCAACCACACAAGAGCAGAUGAGCUUGACGUAGCUAGAAUUGCAGCUGAUUUGAAGAGGUCGGCCGAAGAGAGUCAACUUGGAGAACUUCAUUCAACCAGCUAUCAGAUGACACACUACACAGAUCAGAUGGUGGUUGAGUCCAGAAAACCUGUGGAAUUGGCCGAAGCCGACUCCACGUUCUGCGAAGAUAUGGACGACCCUGCAGAGUAAGUUAACAUCAAAGUUAACCUUUUACAAAAUAAAUAUGCAAUUUUCAAAACCUUUCCUAAAACAACAAUGGAUUAGUUACUGCCGUUUAAAAUCCAAACAUAUGUCCGAACAAACUUUAUUAAAACCAAACUUAUUUCAGUAGACUAGCCUCUUCCACCAUGAUAUCAAAACACAUGAAUCCCAUCAGUUCCUACAUGACUGAUAUCGAAUUGAGCCAUCAGCUUCACGCAUUGGAGGCUCCAAAAACAAUGGCAAAGGCGGAGAAAAAGCAUAAGAGCGGAAACCAAGGCAAAUCAGACCGGAAAAGACCUUGCCCAACUUGUGGAAGGCUGUUAUCAACUGAUUACUCACUCAAAAGACACUCCACCAAGUGCAAACAAAACCAACAACAAGGUGCUGCCAACAAUAUCGACACUCACCUCGAGAACUCCAAUGACUCAGCACCACCCGAACCCUCCACCGACGACUCCCACAGUGCGGACCCAGACAGCACCACACUGAAUCCGCCCAACGGGCAGAGUCAGCCGGCUUCUGAAGACACCCGCAAAGGUCCAGACCCACAAACGGCACCACUAAACGCACCAGCACCAAUCGUACUGGAACAUCAGGCGGCCGAGAUACAAUAG